CUGACUUUUUUAUUUCUCCUUUCUGUCAUACUGACUUUAAUGUCUUGACAAAAGCAAUGAAGAAUCAGCCACCAAUGUAGAAUUAAGAGGAAAAACUUUCAAGAAGGAUUGGAAAAGCUGGUUUCUGAACAGACAGCAGAUAAUCUUUGUAACUCUUGUGCUUUUUCAUUUUUGAAACCUUGAUUCAGAAAGUGGAAGUAAAGUUUUCUGGAGCUCAAAAAGAGAAAAUGGCUUCACUAUCUGAAGAUGAUUUUUCUUGUCCCGUGUGUCAAGAAAUCUUCAAGGAUCCUGUUGUUUUAUCAUGUAGUCACAGUUUCUGUAAAGAGUGUAUUCAACAGUUCUGGAGAACUAAGGAAACUCAGGAAACUCAGGAGUGUCCUGUCUGCAGGAGAAAAUCCUCAAAUAUUCAUCCUCCAUGUAAUCUUGUGUUAAAAAACUUGUGUGAGUCGUUCCUGAAGGAGAGAAAUGAGAGGUGUUCAUCAGUGUCUGAGGAGAUCUGCAGUUUACACAGUGAGAAACUCAAACUCUUCUGUCUGGAGGACAAACAGCCGGUGUGUGUUGUGUGUGUUAAUUCACAGAAACACGACAAUCAUAAAUUUAGACCCAUCGGUGAAGUGGUUUCAUCAUAUAAGGAGGAGCUCAAUACAACACUGAAGUCCUUACAAGAGAAACUGAAACACAAUGAAAACAUUAAAGGAGAGUUUGAGAAAACAAUUCAACACAUCAAGUCUCAAGCUGAGUGCACAGAGCUUCAGAUUAAACAGAAGUUUGAGAAGCUUCAUCAGUUUCUCAGAGAUGAAGAAGAAGCUACAAUCACUUCACUGAGGGAGGAAGAGGAGCAGAAGAAGCAGAGGAUGAAGGAGAAGCUGGAGGAGAUGAACAGACACAUCUCAGAUCUUUCACACACAAUCCAAGACAUGGAGGGGAUGAUGAGAGCCAAUGAUGUCUGCUUUCUGAAGGAGUUUCCAGUCUCAAUGGAAAGAGUCCAGAGCUCACGGCCGGAUCCACAGAUGGCUUCUGGAGCUUUGAUCCAUGUGUCACGAUACUUGGGCAACCUGCCGUUCAGAGUCUGGAAGAAGAUGCAGGACAUCAUCCAAAACACUCCUGUGAUUCUGGAUCCAAACACUGCAAAUCCAUUUCUCGCCCUGUCUGAUGAUCUGACCAGUGUGAGAAGCAGUUGGGAUGAACAACCUCUUCCUGAUAAUCCAGAGAGAUUUGACUUUCUUUGUGUUCUGGGAUCAGAGGGUUUUAACUCAGGAACACACCGCUGGGAUGUGGAGGUUAAAGAGAGUGAAUGCUGGAGACUUGGUGUAACUACAGCAUCAAACCAGAGGAAGAGACGUGUUUUCUUUAAUGCAGAUGUCUGGUGUGUGGAGUAUGAUCCGUAUGGAGCACUUGAAGAGUUUGGUUUUCCUGUUGAACAGGAUCUUGAUUGUGUGAGAGUUGAUCUGAACUAUGACAGAGGAACGGUGUCAUUCUCUGAUCCUGUAACGAACACACAUAUACACACAUUCACAACCACCUUCUCUGACACACUCUUUCCAGUUUUCUGUUGUUAUUCUUCCUCUCUGAGUGUCUUACCGGUCAAAAGCCAGUGAAAGUUACACCUAAUAGUCUGGAUCGACAUGCUUUCAUCAUGUGCCCAAUAUUUAAUUCAUAUUGCACUAAGAGCGCUGUUGAUCUGUGAUUGGGCUUCAGCUGAUCACGUGACUGAUUUCCAGCACUACAGCAAUACUCAUGUAACAAGGGCCCUCAACGUAGGUUGGAGCAAUGGACCAGUUUCUAGGUCAGUGGAGAACAGAAUAUUGGCAGUAAAUGAAUCACAGACAUCAAGUAAGGAAAGUAUUUGUAAUUAUUAAUUGAACAGUCAAA